AGUCCGACGCGAGCCAUGGUGGAGCUCAGGCACUCAAUCUCGAUCGGGAGCCGAGGUUCUUCCUCUCCGAUUAAGCGCGAUGGCGACUUGUCCCCUUUAAUUCCCGAUAGCCAGCCUAACGACGACGACGAUCACGAUCGCUACUCCUCCAAGGAUCGUGACCGCCCGUUCUGGUACCAUUUCCACUCCAUAUGCCCCUUCUUCAACGACGAUGCUAGGUUUUCUCCGCACAACUCCAGGAUCUGCCUCGUCUUCCUACUUCUCCUCCUCCUCGCUGGUUUGAUUUCAGUUUUAUCAAUCGUAAACCGAUUGAAUGCUCCUUACUUGUGUAGAAAAGAUGGCAUUGUUCUUCACUGCCCACAUGUCAAGGAAUCUCCUUCACUCUGGGAGAAUCCAUUCUCAGCCACCACAUCCUGGAAGCCUUGUGCUGAGCACCGUGAUGGUGGAAUGUCAAAUCUUCCAUCUGAAAAUGAAACAGCAGGCUAUAUAUUCAUCCAUGCUGAGGGUGGUCUGAAUCAACAAAGAAUUGCUAUAUGCAAUGCAGUUGCUGUGGCUAAAAUAAUGAAUGCCACCCUUAUUUUGCCAGUGUUGAAGCAAGACCAGAUCUGGAAAGACCAAACGAAAUUUGAAGACAUCUUUGAUGUAGAUCAUUUCAUUGACUACCUAAAGGAUGACGUGCGAAUUGUCCGUGAUAUCCCUAAGUGGUUUACAGACAAAUCAGAGCUUUUCACAAGUAUAAGACGGACAGUAAAAAAUAUUCCAAAGUAUGCACCAGCACAAUUUUACAUCGAUAAUGUUCUGCCCCGACUCAAGGAGAAGAAGAUAAUGGCACUAAAACCUUUUGUUGAUCGGCUUGGGUAUGACAAUGUUCCUCCAGAAAUCAACAGGCUAAGGUGCAGGGUGAAUUAUCAUGCUUUGAAAUUUCUUCCCGAGAUAGAGCAGAUGGCUGAUUUACUGGCAUCAAGGAUGAGAAACCGUACGGGCAGUUCAAAUCCUUAUAUGGCUCUUCAUCUUCGGUUUGAGAAAGGGAUGGUAGGCCUAUCGUUCUGUGAUUUUGUGGGAACAAGGGAGGAGAAAGCCAUAAUGGCAGAAUAUAGAAAGAAGGAAUGGCCUCGACGUUAUAAGAAUGGUUCCCACCUAUGGCAACUGGCCCUGCAGAAGCGGAAGGAAGGCCGAUGCCCUCUUGAGCCUGGAGAAGUGGCUGUGCUUCUUCGGGGAAUGGGCUAUCCCAAGGAAACUCAAAUUUAUGUUGCUUCGGGGCAGGUCUAUGGUGGGCAUAACAGGAUGGCGCCCCUCAGGAACAUGUUCCCGAAUUUGGUUACCAAAGAGGAGUUAGCAACUAAGGAGGAGUUGGUUGGUUUCAGGAAGCAUGUGACAAGCUUAGCAGCCCUUGACUUCUUGGUAUGCUUGAAAUCUGAUGUGUUUGUGAUGACUCAUGGAGGAAACUUUGCUAAACUGAUAAUCGGGGCACGCAGAUACAUGGGUCACCGUCAGAAAUCUAUAAAACCCGACAAGGGGCUUAUGGCUAAAUCCUUUGGGGAUCCGUAUGUGGGCUGGGCAACCUUCGUGGAGGAUGUGGUUGUCACCCACCAGACACGGGCUGGAUUGCCGGAAGAGACAUUUCCCAACUAUGACCUCUGGGAGAACCCACUGACUCCUUGCAUGUGUAAAGCUUGAUCGCAAGGAUUUCCACAUAUGAAUGUUUACCACCGGAGCAUCUCUCCUUCACCAACAAGUUCAUUCUCAUUCGAAAUGCAAGUUGGUUGGAGCCCAAUGUCUGAAAGAGAAGAAGUCUGCAGGGAGUGGCUAGAAAUUUGGAGAUGCAGUGGAGUUACUGGCCAGCAGGAGUGAGGUUCUAACGUACAUCAUAAUAAUGUGAGCGGGUUCGCCUUCAGAUCAUCUGUUUUACUCGUCCCGUCCUUGGGCAGACACUCGACAGUUUUGACUUCUGAUUGUUCGAUAAUCUAUAACCAGCUUUUUGAACACAAAGAACUAUGUAAUUUUUCAUGUAUCACUCCAAAUCAAUGUAAACAAAGAACUAUGAUUU